AUGAACUCCUCAGAUUCGGAGGAAAUGAUGAUGUUCUCCUCAGAUUCGAGUGACGAAGAGGACGAGCUGCUUGUGCUUAUUGCCAUCGAGGAGGAAGAAGCAGGAGCUGUGCGUCGUAGCAGGCAGCGUGGGUCGAUGCCCGGCCAUGCGGUUAUAGACCGGCAACACCGCGAAGGUGCUGCUAGGCUGUACAACGACUACUUCGCCGACAACCCUGUGUACGGCGAUGUCCUGUUUCGUCGGAGGUUUCGUAUGUCGCGGCGGUUGUUCUUGCAUAUUGCGGCCGCUGUGGAGGAGCAUGACACCUGGUUCAGGCAGAGAAGGGAUGCAACGGGGAAGCUCGGCCUUAGCCCCUUGCAAAAAAUGACAGCGGCCAUACGGCUUAUCGAUGGGACUGCCCCACCUGUGUCGUACAGCAUAAAUGGUAACAGGUACGACAUGGGAUACUACCUCGGUGAUGGCAUAUACCCCGAAUGGGCGACCAUAGUGAAGGCAAUCUCUGCUCCACGAGGCAACAAGAGCAUCCAUUUCUCCGCGAUGCAAGCUGCUCUCCGCAAGGAUGUCGAACGUGCAUUUGGUGUGUUGCAAGCUAGGUUUGCUAUUGUUCGCGGACCGGCUAGAGUAUGGGAUCAGUCUACAUUGCACAAUAUCAUGACCGUCUGCGUUAUUAUGCACAACAUGAUAAUUGAGGACGAGCGCGGUACCGCUUCCCCGGUGCAGGUGUUCGACUUCAUGGGGGAACCAACUCAAGUCCAUCGAAGUGGUGACGAAGGUGUCCUGCAUUAUGUUGAAACAACUCAAGCUAUCCGCAACCGUGCAGUGCACUGCCAAUUGCGUGCUGACCUUGUGGAGCACCUUUGGAGUAUUCAUGGAGCACAGUAG